UUAAGCCAUUAGAGCUGACAGUGACACUUCGAAAGGUCAGACUGACGCACUUUUUUGGAGGCUUUCGUUGUGCCAGGUGCCACCACCAGAUUGAUGCGAGAAUAUUAUGUGACCUUGACUUCCCACAACUAGUCUACAGUGAGAGUGACUGUGGUCGAUGGUAUUACUAAGAUAGAUAGAACCAUCAAAUCAAAGCUUCUAAAGAUCCUUCAAGACGUUCACUUUCUGGUAAAGAGGACACAAUCAUCUCCUCCACUAGCUAGACUGAUCAAGACAAAAAACAACUUCUGUUGAUCAAGAUGUUGCGGCUCCCCUUUUCGGUAUCAGUUCUGGUGGGGCUACUGGUGGUAGCGCAGGGAUUCUUGCUCCCAUCUUCUACCUCCAGAAAAAGUAUCAGUGGCACUCAUUGGAUGACCGCGACGGAACAAGGAGAAUCCGACUCGACUGCUGCUGCAGCCAAAGAAGAAGAUCAAGAAGAAGAAAAGGAGUCUCUGUUGCUAGAUCGACUGGGAGGCCCACCGGCUUUGGAAGCUGCUGUCUCCAUUUUCUACGAUCGCGUUGUGGCCGAUCCAGAACUCGAGCGAUUCUUCAAAGGGGUCGAUGUGGACGCAUUGAGGGAUCAUCAGUAUCAAUUCAUGGAAAUUGCCUUUACCAAAAUACCAGAGGAUCUUGACGUUGUGGCGUAUAUCAGCGAUGCUCAUGCCAGACUCUUGCGAAAAGAAGGAUUGAACGAAUCGCAUUUCGAUCUGGUAGCAGGACAUUUGGUCGGGACAUUGCAAGGAUUGGGAGUACAACAAGCAGAAAUUGAUUCCGUUGUGGCCACGGUUGGACCACUACGAGGUGUCUUUGAACAGGCAGCAAAGGAGGCAACAGCAGAUGAUAGCCAGCAAGAAGAGUGAUCAAAGCAAAACGAAAGAUCCAUGCCUCUUGAACGGGAAUUCAUGAAAGAACAACAACAAUCAGAGUCCUGGCUCCGGAUAGCUAAUACACAACCCCACAGCGAUAGGCAGGGACUAUUUCCACAUUUUGGCAUUUGUAAUGAUCUUUUCAAUUGUUUACACAUCCACUACUGUAUUUCAACAAGACAUCAUCCCAACUUUCACUCGCAGAUGUUGUCUCUUUUCUGCA